CUAUUUUUGGAGAACAUCGUCUUUAGUAAAUCCACGAUCCACACCAAAUUACAUUAAUCCUUUAUGUGAAGAAUUAAAUUAAGUCCUAUUUAUUUGCAAUUUGGUACUUAACAUUUCACUUUAAAAUGUUCAGACUCGGAAAACAAGCAAACAAAUUUGUUAUUAAGAAUUUGACGGAUCGUCAAGGCCUCAUUCAGUUACCGGUUCGGCACAAGUCCUAUUUGCCCAUAAAUACCAUAAUAAUGUUCGUUCCACAACAAGAGGCAUGGAUUGUCGAACGAAUGGGACGUUUUCAUGAAAUAAUGGAUCCCGGAGUGAACUUCUUGUUGCCUUUUGUUGAUAAAAUCAAAUAUGUUCAAAGCCUGAAGGAAAUAGCUAUCGACGUUCCAAAACAAUCCGCUAUUUCCUUGGACAAUGUCACGUUGAGUAUAGAUGGAGUUUUAUAUUUAAGAAUAAUUGAUCCUUAUAAAGCAUCUUAUGGUGUAGAAGAUCCCGAAUUUGCUGUUACGCAACUAGCACAAACAACAAUGAGAUCCGAAUUAGGAAAGAUGUCCCUCGACAAAGUGUUUAGAGAAAGGGAAUCUCUAAAUGUCAGCAUUGUAGAUUCCAUUAAUAAGGCUAGCGAAGCGUGGGGCAUUACGUGUCUGCGAUAUGAAAUUCGUGAUAUUAAACUACCUGAUCGAGUACACGAAGCUAUGCAAAUGCAAGUUGAAGCCGAGAGGAAAAAAAGAGCCGCAAUAUUAGAAUCUGAGGGAAUUCGGGAAGCUGAAAUUAAUAUUGCUGAAGGAAAAAGAAAAUCGAGAAUUCUAGCUUCGGAGGCCGAGCGGCAAGAAAAUAUCAACAAAGCAAGUGGAGAAGCAGCAGCUAUUCUUGCUAUUGCAGACGCCCGAGCAAGAGGACUCCAAACGAUAGCAAAAUCAGUGGUCACAGAAGAUGGAAAAAAUGCUGCCUCGCUGACAUUGGCCGAGCAAUAUAUUUCAGCUUUUAGUAAUUUAGCAAAAACGAACAAUACUAUGCUGUUACCUUCGAACUCAAGUGACAUUUCUUCAAUGGUAUUCCAAGCGCUAAACGUUUAUGACAUGAUAUCCAAGAAAAACGGUUUCGGAAAUAAUGUAGAAGCAAUAAGGAAAUCAGAAGAACACGUAGAAUCGCCCAAAAAAGAGUCAUGUUUUUCUGUAGAGCCAAACGAGAAUUUUAGAAAAACGAAUAACGUUUAAUAAAAAGGUUUAAAACAAA